AUGGACAGCCAGAAGAGCGCUGUUGCCGUGCUGCGCAUGCUCUCCGGCGCCUGGUCAUACAUGAACUCCAGGUGCCCCACGGAGUUGAACGCCUCAGCCACCCCGUGCAGUGCGUACUGCGGCACCAGCCAGUACACAGACAGCGGGGCUGUCCCAGCGUCGGUGGUUCCCCCGGCCACGGCGGCCUCCCUGCGAUGGCGCUCGACGAAGCCCGCAACGAGGGAGGCCGCCACAGAGAUGGUGAACCCGACGCCCAUGCGGUGGAGGAAGGAGAUGCCACGGUCCAGGCCCGUGCGGCGGCGGGCCAGCGGGACGAGCGUACGGUCGUAG